UGUUAUAACACCGCGAGAUUUGAGCUGCUGUAUAUAUUUCCAAGCGAUUCUUCUCAUUCUUUGCAAUCCUCCUCUCAAGCUGCCGCCGUGGGACCGAAGCAGAGGCAAAGUGAAGAUGGCUGCAGGUAAAGCACGCAUCGGGCAUCUGGCCCCUGACUUCACGGCCAAAGCAGUGAUGCCAGACGGCCAGUUCAAAGACAUCAGCAUGUCUGAUUACAGAGGGAAGUAUGUGGUGUUCUUCUUCUACCCGCUGGACUUCACCUUUGUGUGCCCCACUGAGAUCAUCGCCUUCAGUGACGCUGCCGAGGAGUUCAGGAAGAUCGGCUGUGAGGUCAUUGGUGCCUCUGUUGAUUCCCACUUCUGCCAUCUUGCCUGGACCAACACACCUCGUAAGCAGGGCGGUCUGGGUGCCAUGAAGAUCCCUCUGGUAGCCGACACACUGCGUUCCAUCUCCACGGACUACGGGGUGCUGAAGGAGGACGAGGGCAUCGCCUACAGGGGCCUCUUCAUCAUUGACGACAAGGGCGUCUUGAGGCAGAUCACCAUCAAUGACCUGCCAGUGGGACGCUCCAUUGACGAGACCCUGCGUCUGGUGCAAGCCUUUCAGUUCACUGACAAACACGGAGAAGUCUGUCCUGCCGGCUGGAAACCAGGAAGUGACACAAUCAAGCCCGACGUGCAGAAGAGCAAAGACUUCUUCUCCAAGCAGCAGUAAGACGACGCAUGUCUGAAGCCUGCUGUAGGACAGCUAGAAUUACAGUACAUUUCAAGAGAACAAUGGUGAAGAGCAGUAGCCUACCUCUGUGCCUGGGAACUGUAGAACAACAUCUUCAGCAUCCCCUUAUCUGUCAUGUGUUUGGGUAGAGUGGAAAUUAUUAUGACCAAAGUAUGAAGAUUAUAUUAAAGUAGAGCUUGGAGGUGUUUUACAUUUACAUUUUAGUCAUUUAGCACACGCUCUUAUUUUAGUGUCAUUGAUGUUGGUCUAUUUUAUUCUGCUGUAUCAUUUUUGUAACAUCUGAGGUGGACAUUUGUUUUUGCCUUUAGGCCACAGAGAUAGUCUGUGAAAUGAGGAACAGAAGCUUUACAGGAAAAAACUUGAGGCGAGAACUCAGAUGUUUUUGUUUCUUUAUUUACUACUCAAUGUAAUUUCAUCUUCUAAAUAAAAACUUUUACAAAGCAAA